UCCUGACAACCGAUCCUCCAUCUUUCCACGUCAAGAUUGCUAAGGAGGAGGAGGUGGUCACCCUCGUUCUCUGUCUCGUGUCUUCGCAUCUUUAUCUCCACGUUUAAACUACUGUUCAGUAGUUAGCUAAGAUGGUGAAUCAUAGAGUCCCAUUGGUGCAAAGCAAGCGGUUCUCCACCCCUAGGAGGCCUUUUGAGAAGCCAAGACUCGACCAGGAGCUCAAGCUUGUUGGAGAGUAUGGUCUUCGCAAUAAGAGGGAGUUAUGGAUUGUCAAGAUGUUCCUGGCUAAGAUUCGUAAGGCUGCCCGUGUGUUGCUUACCCUAGACGAGAAGGAUGCUAGACGUCUUUUCCAGGGCAAUGCUCUGUUGCGUCGUCUGGUACGGACAGGUGUUCUGGAAGAAGGUCGUAUGAAACUUGAUUACGUUUUGGGUUUAAAACCUGAAGAUUUCCUUGAACGUCGUCUGCAAACCCAAGUUUUCAAGUUGGGUUUGGCCAAGUCAAUUCAUCAUGCUCGUGUACUCAUCAAACAAGGGCAUAUCAGGGUUCGCAAGCAAGUUGUCAAUGUGCCAUCCUUCAUUGUGCGCCUAGAUUCUCAGAAACACAUUGAUUUCUCACUCAAGAGUCCAUUUGGUGGUGGCAGAUAUGGUCGUGUCAAGAGGAAGAACAUGCGCAAGGGUGGUAGCAAGGCUGAGGAUGGCAGUGGUGAUGACGAGUAGAUGUUUUUCCUUGUAAUGCUUUAAUAAAAUAAAGCUGUUAA